UGUAACAUAAUAUUCGAGCGAAUCUCGCUUAUUACCUCGUGCUACGCAAUUUGUGGCAAGAUACGAUGAUUCCGAGGGAAAACGUCAAGUUUGUCUGACAGAUAAUCGCGAGUACCCUGGGUAGGUGGAUGCCGAUGAUACUCGCGACCUCGGUGUACCUUCGUGAAUGCCAAUUACGUGACAAUCGCUGCGAUAAAUGAGCCUGCAAGAUAGUCUGUUUUCCGAGGAUGUCGAGUACGACGUAACCUUCUUCGCGAGGGACAGGACGCGCAAAAGAGCGCUCGUCUUCCCGCCAGUCAACAACUAUCGCCGUUUCAUAAUACACCAGCUGGUGCAGGAUCGUUUCCCGGACCUGUUGCACACGUUCUCGAUCGGCCAGGGCUCGGCCAGACGUACCGUCGUGUGCUACAAGAGCGACGUGAGAAGAGAUUGGGACCCAAAGCCGAAUGCUCCUGAGUGUGGAACAAGCCUUGUGACGAAACGAAGGGAUACGAUUCGCGGGAUGGAAGGUCGACAAUCGCCUUCAGUGUCUCCGGAAUGCAAGCAACUACAGCGACAAGCUAAAUCGGCACCAACGGUCGAGAUUUAUAGGCCACCGGCAGCUAGAAGAGCUAGCAAUUGCUCGCAAAUGAGCGGGACGCAGACGCAGAUGCAAUCAAAUAAUACAGAAUCUUCUUCAGUCAAGAAUGUGCGGCAAAAGCGACCUGAUCGAGCGGUUUAUGUACCUAGACAUCGAAGAAGCCUGGAGGAGAGGAGAUCGCGGAGUCUUAAAGCUUCUCCCGCAAAUCAUACGACAUUAAACGAAGAUCCGAAUACGAAUAAUAAUUCUAGACUGCAAGAUACAUGUUGUAUUCGACAGAGUACAAACGGCGAUUCGAGUUUGGACAAUCAAAUUUCCGAGAAUCGCGACAUGGAGAUUGAAAAUAGCCAUAUUUCGCGAGAAAUUUUGGAGGAUGGAAUUAUUUUGGAUUGUAGGAAAAUCUCUGACACACAUGAUAAUACUGAGUAUACGCAUAAACUAUUGGAAGAACUGAAAGAGGAUGUGCAAACUUUAUUGGAAGAGACGAAAACUGUGGCUGAUAAUCCUGAUGAAAAUAGCGCUAAUUUUAAUCUAUCAAAAUCAGCCGACAAAGUGGAGAUUAACGACGAAUCGGUAAAAACGACGCAAGUAAUCGUCGAAGAAGAAAACCGGUCCUUAAUGCAACAUUUAGAUUAUAACGAUACGGUAGAUAAUGAAAGUACGCAACUAGUUGAACAGAAUGUAGUAUCGGAUGUUCUAGUAAUUUCUGAUAAUAUGCGAAAGAAAGUAGAACGACUCGAACAAACAUCUCCGAUUCUUGUAAUACCACCUGAAAAGAAAGUAAAAAAGAUAGAGAGACAAAAGAGCAAACCGGUCCCAUCGCCGUCUCCACCUAUGAAGAUAAACCGAGACGAAUGCGAUUGGGACAGUUUGUUCGACGAUAAUGGUGAUUGUCUGGACCCAACGUUGAUAGAAGAGCUUACAUCAGCGGUGGGCGAAGUGACGAUAGAACAACCAAAGAAUGAUUACAAAACGUACAGCAAACAGGUCGAAGUGUCUAGUGACGAGUUUGCGCACGUUGUAGAAAUUUACAAUUUCCCCUCAGAGUUCAAAACUAGCGACUUGGCGGCUGUCUUCAGUUCUUUCAAAAACGGUGGCUUCGAAUUAAAGUGGGUGGACGAUACUCACUGCUUAGGAGUUUUCAGCAGUCCUCUCGUUGCUGCUGAAGUAUUAGCGUCGAAUCAUCCGUUUGUGAAAACAAGGCCGCUUAGCGAAGCCACCGCCUUGAGUAAAACGAAAGCCAAAAGAACCGCAGAAUUUCUGCAACCUUAUAGAAAUCGGCCCGAAACAUGCGCCGCUCUGGCCAGAAGAUUAGUUACAGGCGCGUUAGGCGUGAAACUCGCUACAGCCAGACAAGAACGUGAGCACGAGAAGAAUAUAUUGCGCGAAGCAAAAGAGAAAAGACGAUUGGCUAAUAAGCAACGUGAGGAUGUCUGGGAAGGCAUAAUACCUGCGAAGUAACAUUACGCAUUGCUAAUGCGUAUUUACAGGGAUCGUUUAUACCUCGUCGUAUUACUAUGUAUUAUAUUGCAUAGUUUGUGUAGCUCACAAGGCUCGUAUAACGUUGGGUCUUUUCCAAGCAAGAAUACACUACAUUACAUUGUGUUCAUAUGUAAGGUACUUGCUGGAAUAGUUGAAAUCCUAAAUUUAGUUUCUAAGAGAAUCAUCAGAGAGUGCAUUACAAUUUUCCACGUUUGUUAUUACGAAUAUAACACAGGUGUUAUUGCUACGUCUUAUCCUAUUGGAUAUUUUUAUUUUUUUAAUAAAACAAUAAAGAUACAGAAAGAAGAGA